AUGCAGUCGGAACAGAAGCAAUGUCCACACACCUUCAAUGUGAGGUCUUUGAAGUUCUUGUUGCAUAAUUGGCAUUUGGUCAUGGCCAAUAAUGCCUGGUUGAUUUCCUCAUCCUGUGCACUAGCUGCAGGGUUGUUUGUACGGUACUUCAUCAGUAAAGACUCCAAGGACUUCACCUUGGAGGAAAGACCCUUGGCUUCUGCUUCCAAUGCAGAAACAGACUUCUGUUGCUCGCUCAAAGUCUCUUGUCUCUUGUUCAGCUUGGCCUGUAGCUCCUGGUUGAUCUGUUCAGCAUACUUCUGCAAUUUGGAGUUGGCAAGCUGCCGUGUCUGCUUGAAAGCUUCUUCCAGUUGUCUCAACUCCAUCGUUAGGAUCGAAUUGUGUUUCUGUAAAGUUGCAACAUCCUCGCUGGACGUCGCCUCUGCCUCAACAUCGCCCUUGACACCUUCCUCCAAAUUCUUCAAGCGUUCUUCCAAAAGCUCGUUCAUCUUGCGGUACUCCUCCGUCAGCUCGCUCUUACCCUUCUCGGCUUUCAAAACUGACAUUUGA